AUGAGGGAGUACCAGUUCCUGGCGAAGUUCGUCACACACAACCGGCCACCACGGCCGGAUGAGCCUCCAGGACAGCACCCAGAGCCCGCGGCCGAGGCUGAGGCUCCCGACUGGCUGGGGGUGUAUGUGUACACGCCGCACUACCGCCCCGUAACCUUUGCAGUGCGACCGUCCCAAAGAGACGCGGCCACAGUUCUUCGGCUUGUUCGGCGGCACGCCUUAGGGGUUCCAGAUGGUCUCUUUGAUACGGUUGUCCCGCUUUUCCCUCAAAGGUUUGACGCAUUUGCCUCCUUCAUCCGGUUUCCCAGUGUAAUCUCUGGAUGUGGGGAUGUGGGCUCAGCAGCUAUAGUCCUAGAUCUUUCCCGCGUUGGAGGACGGUAUUUCCCUACAGUCUUGCCUCGCCGACUCUCCCCUCAGGCACUUGUGGACUAUGUAACGCCGCUCACAUGGCAUGACGAUCAGCCUUUGAUCUUUUACGUCGGGUGUAGGGCUACUCCUUGGCCCCCUCAGACCGAGGUGCAGUUGGGGGAUGGUGAUGUGAUCACCUUUGUCCGAAACCCUGACGCAAGGUUCGCUAGGUUGUGGUUUGAGGGCCUCUUCACCCCAGGGGCGAUUUGGGCCCCUUUGCAUCAUGCACCUCGUCUUGAGGAGUCAGAGGGCAUCUGUGUUCUCUUCCGGGAACAACGCUUUUGCUUUCUGCACCAUCACCAUCCUGGUGGGCUGACUGCGGCAGCCAUAGUUAACCGUUUGGGGUUAAGCCCGGGCGCGGUGGCCACCUGUGCUUUCCCUGUGGACGAUCUGGAGGUUCAGGGAGAACACUGUCCAUUUGUGCUCGCUGUUGCGGAGGUCCUUGCGCCGGGAACCGGCCGGGUGUCUAGGGCAGACGCCAGAGACGUUUUUCUGCUGUUGGACUUUCGACCACUGGGGUUAAAACCGAGAUUUGUUCACUCCCACUACCCAGCCCUGCAUAUCCCCAGCAUUUUGGCAAGGUUUGAUGUGAUGUUACCUCCUGCCUUUCAGGUCGCCGUAGCUGGGGGGCAGCGAAGGGGAGAGGACAUUUAUGUCGAGUCCAGCCAAAGGCUUCUGUUCUACGCUGAGCCAGCAGGUACACAGCAUGCCUGGGAGGAGGCCUCUUCUCCCGAACAGGCUUCUUCUUCAGGGGAAGGGCAGCCCGCGGAUAGUGUGGAACAGCUAGCCUUGCCGGUGGUGCGGCCCAGCCAGGCACCAGCGCGGCGGACUUUAGAGGUAGGGGAUUUGUCCGACUUCGUUCGCCGGGGAGCCGUCUCUGUGAAUGUCAGUCCGGAUGCUCUCUCUGAUCAACCCAGCAGCCUUAUGGUCCCUUGCUCGUCCAAUGCCACCACGGGUGGUGAGUUGGAACAGUCACUGAUUGAGGCGCUGGUCUAUGUGCCACAUUUCCUGCCAGAAUCCUACACGCUGAGGGUCGACUUUCCGUGCGGGGUUGAGCAACUGCGCCUCCAACUGAAGGAGGCACGCAUACCAGAUCGUGAUCUUUUCAGCCUCUGCCUGUUCCCGGCAUCUCCUCAGCCGUACAGGGAACAUGCUCUUUUUGUUGCUGUUCCGACAUGGCUUCAAGAUCGCACUGUUGUUCUAUGUGACACCAGAAGAGUAGAUGACAGGCUGCAAGCUCUGUAUGUCUGGCGCCAAUUGUCUGUCUCUUCGCUGCUACGCACUGUAGGACUGGACCCAGCGGAGGAUUUUCAGGUGUUUGUGCAUGGUCUGGCCACUCCGGCCUCUGCCCAGCAUUUGCUCACCUUUGCCCCAGGAAUGACAGUGACAGUCUUGCCCGCUGGUCUUGGUGCACCGGCAGGCACCAUGCUUGCGGACAAUUUGCAGAGUGCAUCUGGGUGGGACCGACAUGCCCCGGUCCAAGGUCCGCCAGUACUCUCUUUCAACAGUUACCUUCUCUUGACGGAUGGUAUGCCCAGGGUAUAUGUCGCAGAUUCCACGCGCCGUGGAUUCUUCAGCCAUGAUAUUGCGCUCACGCUCGGCAUGACGCCCGGCGUACCAUGCAUCAGAGCCGCCUUGCCCAGGCCGGCUGAUGUCUUCAUGGAUGGCAUACCCAUUGCCAACAUCCUUGUUGUGACCGCCCGACAAGCCAGGUUGCCGUGUCCUCCUGCAAAAGCCAAAGACGCCCGCAUCAUUGUUUUUCUUGAUCAGCGGCGUGUGUGUCAGGGCUUCACCUGGAGGUUGCUUGACAAUCCGUGGGUGGAGGUGCAACCUCUUGCCAAUCAAUUUUACGACACUUGUCCAGAGGGCCAUAUCGUCUCCAUCAAAGGAGGUGUUGUGGAAAACCGAGACUCUGGCCCUGUGUUGUUGGUUGACGAUUGUCAGAUCCUCAUCAUCGACUAUGUUGAAGAUUUGUCAGAGGAUGGAUCAAGUCGUCCGCCUUCCACCGAUGGAGCCGACGAUCCUGAUGCAACGGAGGACCCUGAUGGGCCGGACUCCACAGAUCCCUUUGAUGGGGUAGUGUCCAAGGCCAGUGGACCCUUGCUUGCAGCCCGAAAUCGCAGUCGUUCCCCCCGGCCUACAGUGGCACCUGGCUUUGGGUCAUUGGCCGAAUGUGGGGAGCCUUCCCAGACCCUUGCUGUUCCUUCAAAGCCAACAGCCUUGCAUCGUUCCCCCGGAACGUGGUGUCCAGCAGGUCAGGCAAAGGGAGGCGGAGGUUUCUUAUGA